AUGGCCGCCGGCAACCCCCGCCUCCCCAACUUCAUCCUCCUCGACGCGACCACCCGCAUCAGCGAUCCCCGCAACGGAACCGCCACCGCGUGGGCCUUGACGACGGCGGGCCUCACCAUACAGGUCUCCUUGGUGGUGGCCGCGCCGCCGCGCCUCUCCCACUUCUGCGUCUGCUGCCCCGGCCGCGACGCGACCACCUUCGCGCACGCGCCCGAGGUCGUCUGCUCCGCGGGGGACCACGCCCUUAUCCGGGCCGACUUCACCACCGGCGACUCGGAGUCGCCGCAGCACUUCAUCUACCGAGCCAGGGGCCCCGACGGCCGGCCGUCGCUUGACCUGAUCCCGGACUUCACUGGUUAUUCCCGGGCAGAGCUUCUGCAUCUGCCCCUCGGUUUCGUCUCCAGCCGCAACCACUUGGUCAUAGCGGCUCUGAGCUACGGGACGAAGGACUCGCAGUACUAUCUCCACACCCUCAGCUCCGAGCCGCGAUCCAAGUGGACCAAGAAGCUGCUGCAGGUGGAGCUCCCCCAUGGAUUAUCCAGGAAACAGCUUGUGGUCGAUCACGCCAAGGUGAUCGCCCUCGGAGGCGGGCUGCUGGGAUGGGUCGAUCUCUGGGAGGGCAUCCUGAUCUGUGACGUGCUCGAACCCGGGGCAGCCGUGUCACGCUUGGUCCCGAUGCCCAAGCUGCUGCCCAGCAACAAACCACUCUACGGCCAAUCUUUGCCUCGGGCGAUUCGCGACGUCACCUUCAGCCGUGGCUACAUGAGAUGCGUCGAACUUGAGGAGCUGGUAGAACUUAGAGUCAGAACUGUGCCGCCUCUUCCUGACCCCUGGGACAUGGAUGAGCUCCAAGACUCGGAAUUGGCCAUCGAUCCUCCGCAGGAGGAUGGGGAAGAAUAUGUCACUGUUGGUUGGAGGCUCAUCACAUGGUACAGGGCAUUGACUUGGAACUGUUGGCGCAAGGGGAACAGGGUUCAUUCCGAUGAGCUCGGUACUGUCUCCCCUCAGCUAGGAGGUAGUGCCUGUGGUUUAAAACUGCCACUCAAGGACCUGAGAGUAGCUGCUCCUAUUCUGCGUGGCGACGGUGAUGCUGUUUACCUCGCGUCCGCGCUGCAUAAGCGGGACCCAACUGCAUGGAUUGUCUCUGUUGACACUAGGAGGAAGUCGGUGGAAGAGCUUAUGCCAUGCUCUGCAAAGGGGCUGUAUCUUUACGAUCCGACCUACAUUCCAUAUGUGCUGACCGAAUAUCUGAAUGAUAAAUCAGAUGGAGCUCAGGUACAGACGCAAAAUGCUUGCCAUCACACCCCACGAAACUUUGAUGGGUCCGAGAAGAAGCGGCAGCGACUUUCACAGACAGAAUCUGAAGUCUGA